AUGUAACGAUAGCCAGAGGAGGAUUUAGAAGAUCUUAGAAAGAAGUUUCAUCUCCUAGAAGGUGAUAGAAAGGUUUUCUAUCAUGCCUCAUCAAUGGCAAAGCAAAGGAAUAGAGAAUAGAUUUAACAACUGCAAAAAGAAAAUAAAGAAUUGAGAGAGCAACUCAAAGCCAAGGCUUUAACAACUUCAGGUCAAUCUAUGACAUCUACAGGUACAGAUUUUGGUACAAAGACAGAGAAGGAUUUGGCAGUUUGGAGGAGAAAAUUGGACGAGGCAAAAAAUAAGACUUUGUAAAAGAAGGAAAACCUCUUACACUUGUAGGACAAAUAACGAGAAUUAAACAAAGAAUAAUUGGAUAUCAACUCAGAUGAUAAUCCAUAGAUGAGAACUAUCAGAAUGCUUGAGAAUAGACUAGACAAAGCAAUGAUUAAGUAUAACGAGGCAAUGAGUAUCAAGAAGACUUAUGAAUUGAUCGUUAAAAGACUAAAGGAUGAGAGAGUAGGCUAUGAUAAUUAGCUGGCAGCCAUUGAGUAAUCUUUAAAGGGCAAAGAACAUGAUUUUGAGGAGCUAUUACUUUUGAGUCAUGAUGCUAAUCAUGCUAAGGAAUUAGCUGAAGCAGAUUUGAGAAAGUUUGAAUCACAAAUUGAAGCAAGAAGAAAACUGAGAUUUAAAGAGGUAAAUGAAUAAAAGGCACAGAUCGAAAGUAGACUUGAUCAAAGAGAUAAAAAUGAUAAAAAAGAUCGAGGAGAUACAGUCAAAUUUUCAGGUCAAGUAGGUGUUGGCAAUCUAGGUGAUAACAAUAGACCUGGAGAUACCAAUGGAGGAGGCUUUGGGUCGAUGCUUGCUGGACUUAGUGGUAAAAAAGGUGCCGCAACAGCAGGUAAAUUCGAUGGUACAGCUAGCGGAUCAGGAGGAAUAGAUAAACACAGACUUGAAGACUAUGAUGAAGCAAUGAGAAGAAUCAAAGAUGCAACUGGUGUUAGUGAUGUAAAUGAGAUAAUUUAGAAAUUUGCUACUUAGCAUGAUACCUAUAAUAAUCUCUUGGAGCUUAAAUCAGCAAACGAGAAGAAGCUCAUGGAUUUGAAUGAUAGAAAGCUAGAAUUAAGAUCAGAAGUGGAAAAGAUGCGAUAUGAAGGCUUAGAGGGGAUGACGAGAAAGUAAAUGGAUGAGGUCGAAAAGAAUGUAAACUCAGCUCAGCUGAAAUAUAAUUCUAAUAAGGAAAAAUUAGAAAGGAUAAACAAGAUACUUGUGAAUGCUAAGGCAGGUAUUGAACAUCUAAGUGAAAAGCUAAAUGAUAUAAAGCUAGAAGGAGUGCCAAAUGUGGUAGUGACUGAUAACACACUGGUGGAAGCGCUUAUUCAAUGUGAGUAAAAGUUGGAGUUCAUCUUCGGACUUGUAAGAAAUGACCCACUCUAUGAGGAAGCUAUAUCAAAAAUAAGAGGCCUUAAGAAGGAUGAUUAAGAAUUAGUUCCUGAAGCUAUAGGUUCAAGAUUGAUAAGCCAGUCUUUGAUGAUGACAGGAUUUGGCAAUAAUAAUGGUGCCACUUUGUCUCAGGACCCUACUGCUAAUAACAUCAGAGUUAAGUUACCUGAUAAAGAUGAUGAUGAUCUCAGUGAAGCUGACAAUGAAGUUGAAAAAGAAAUGGAAGCUAAUGAGAGAAUGAAGAUUAAGCUAGAGGCACAACUCAGAUAUGACAGAAUGGCUAAAAACAAAAUGAAGGGUAAGGUUUCGGGUUUGUCGAAUUAGACAUCAACAGGAAAUCUAUAGUCUUCUCAAAAGAAACUUAGAUGA